ACGUCCAGAAAACGACAUAUUAAGCCUGAUUGUGCGCCACAAUGAGUCGUUAAUUGGCUGCACACAUGUCUUCUCGGUUUACCUCUGUAACUAAGCUGGUCUGGGCUCCUGUGAUCUGUGGACCAGGUAGCUCAGGAGACCAAUUGGCAGGAGCUCCGGUCCAAUCAGCUCCCUUCCUGAGCGACGUAAAGCCACUUGGGAGGGCGUUGAGGGCGCUUUUUUUUCUCGGUGCGCAUUUGUGCACAGACGCCCUCUGGGAGCGCAAAGACUUGCAGCACUGUUGAGUUUAGUAGCAGCAUCUUUAGAGGGAUAGAUUAGGCAAACCCCUCUCCCGUGUCAUAUUCCCAUCCUCGGACACCUCAUCAUCUUCGGUCACGAUGCAACUCUAAACAGCAAGAGGAAGUAAAGAACGACUCUCCACUUUCUGUUACGUUUUAUUCCUGCCCAGAGAUGAUGUUCUCUUCCGCGGGGAAGCGCUGCUUCACAAUAGAGUCUCUAGUCGCCAAAGAGAUCCCCCUGUCAGCCGAAGACCCCAUCCGGCCGACGGCUUUGAGUUACUCAAACCCGACAACAGAUGCCUUAAUGAACGGUUAUCAGGCUCCCCCGACCAGGCCUCUCUACCAGAACCCGGAGCUGGUGUUCCCGGAGACGGUAAACCACCCGUCCCUCACCGUGGCCCCGCACCAGAUUGGGGGCUCCCACUUACAGCAUCCGCACUUCUUCGGCACGCAGCAUCGGGACCCGCUCAACUUCUACCCCUGGGUGUUACGGAACAGAUUUUUUGGACACAGAUUUCAAGGUAACGACGUGUCCCAGGACAGCCUGCUCCUCCACGGGCCUUUCGCCCGGAAACCCAAGCGCAUCCGGACGGCCUUCUCUCCGUCGCAGCUGCUUCGCCUGGAGAGAGCCUUCGAGAAGAACCACUACGUGGUCGGAGCCGAGAGGAAGCAGCUGGCAAACAGCCUGAGUUUGAGCGAAACCCAAGUGAAGGUGUGGUUCCAGAACAGACGGACAAAGUACAAGCGUCAGAAGCUGGAGGAGGAGGGUCCAGACAGCCAGCAGAAGAAGAAGGGGAACCACCACAUUAACAGGUGGCGCAUUGCCACCAAACAGGCCAGCUCCGAGGACAUCGACGUGACCUCAGAGGACUGAAACCUCAGACGAAACUGUACCAAACUUCUGAAGCAUCAGAGGACCAACACUAUUUAUUAUGUACCAUUAAGCGUUGUUAGACUCAUUAGAGGAAGACUCAAGGAUUCCAUAUGCGAUCACUCCACAUCUUCAUCCAGAUGCUCCACUCAGUGAGUGCGGACAUCUUGCUCCGUAACAUCUGUGCUAAACGGCAGCGGACCAGGGGAGAUCCUUGCACCAUUUCAUGAUGGCUCAAGGGGAAGGUCAUACCUUACUAUGGUGCGCUUGUUUUUCUUUUUGUUUUGUACAUAGUCCAGGAAUGAAGGUUGUUUUAACAAAAAGCUAAUUGUUUCAUUAUUUUCCCCCCAAUAUACACCGUACUGUUCUCUUUUCACACCUGUGCACCACAUUAAAUCAUAUUUCUCCAUGAAAAAACGAACUGCAGGUGUUGUUGCGUUGCAUCGUUAAUUCAAUCAGUGAAUAGGCCGGUGAAUGGACGAACUGAACAAAACAGAAAACAUCUCAAAGAUCCAAACUCUUUUACCAUUUUUUUAGGGAGGUUCAAGCUCUUCAUUAUUCUGCUAAUGAAGAUUCUUCCAAGAGAGGUGACUUGUGAGCAGCUGUGGGUGAACCUCGGAAGCCGAUGUCAGGGCAAGUUGAGUCAUAUCAUAAAAGAAACGUCCUUCGCCAUCACGGAAUCGUCGGUGUGGGUGAUAGAUGAUGUUCCUGUUUGUUGCAGAUUUUACGAAGCUCUACAUGUAAAAUAAGACAUAUAUAGAACCCCAUUUUUCAAGCACAACAUGUAAUUACAGAGAGAUGGCUUGAAAAUAAACAUUUGAAAAGUA